AAACUCGAAGCGCAAGAUGGCGGCGGAGAGUAUGUUCAACCGGCCGGUUUGUGUGCAAGUGAGGUGCCACGGCUGCGAGGAGAGGAGAUUAAAUGUUCGAGUGAAUAUUGAGCUACUGUCAAUUUCUAAUCCUGUUCAUAAAAAGGAUUUAGCUGUUCAAUUGACUGAUGAUACUGAUCCUUUUUUUCUUUAUAACCUUGUCAUAUCUGAGGAAGAUUUUCAAAGUUUAAAAUCCCAGCAAGGUCUCUUGGUAGACUUCUCUGCUUUCCCACAGAAAUUUAUAGAUCUGCUUCAGCAAUGCAUUCAGGAACAGAACAAAGAUAUCCCAAGGUUUUUGCUGCAGCUAGUUUCUUCAGCAUCUGUUCUAGAUCACACACCUGUCUCUUUAAAUGUGGUGGAGACCAACCCUUUUAAACAUCUUACCCAUCUCUCUCUAAAAUUCCUACCAGGAAAUGAUGCAGAAAUAAAGAAGUUUUUAGCCAGCUGUUUGAAAUGCCUUAAGGAAGACAAAACGAUGUUGGAAGAAAAGCUUAGAAAAACUGAAGAGGAUCUUACCAGACAACUGAGCUACACUCAACAGAGCUUGUCAGAGAAGAGCCGAGAACUAGACAAACUGAAAAAUGAAUGGACGUCAUACACUACAGCUCUAACAAACAAACACACACAGGAGCUGACAAAUGAGAAGGAAAGAGCUCUCCAGGCACAAGCUCAGUACCAACAACAGCAUGAACAACAGAAAAAGGAAUUAGAAAAUUUGCAUCAGAAAAGUAUUCAACAGUUGCAGAACAGACUCUCAGAACUCGAGGUCAUCAAUAAAGAUCUAACAGAAAGGAGAUACAAAGGAGACUCCACAGUCAGGGAACUGAAAGCAAAGCUUUCUGGAAUAGAAGAUGAAUGUCAAAGAGCAAAGCAGGAGGUGCUGUCACUGCGUCGGGAGAACACUACUCUGGAUGCUGAAUGCCAUGAAAAAGAGAAGCUCGUUAAUCAGCUACAGACACGGGUUGCUGUUCUGGAACAAGAGAUCAAAGAUAAAGAUCAGCUAGUUAUUAGAACAAAAGAAGUAUUAGAUGCGACACAAGAACAAAAGGCGAUACUGGAAGAGAGUACGGAGAAAAAACAAAGUCAUAUUGAAAAACUAGAGACAACAAUCAAGUCACUGUCAGCUGAACUUCUUAAGGCUAAUGAAAUUAUCAAGAAGUUACAAGGAGACCUGAAAACUCUAAUGAGUAAAUUAAAAUUGAAAAAUACAGUAACAAUUCAACAGGAAAAACUAUUGGCAGAAAAAGAAGAGAGACUUCAAAAAGAGCAGAGGGAAUUGCAGGAGACGGGACAGUCUCUUCGAAUGAAAGAGCAGGAGGUUUGCAAGCUACAAGAACAGCUGGAAACUACAAUACAAAAACUAGAAGAAAGUAAGCAGUUACUGAAAACCAAUGAAAACGUAAUCACAUGGUUAAACAAACAGCUGAAUGAAAUUCAGAUGGCAAAGAAGCUAGAGACUUCUGCCAGUACACAUGGUGGUGGUAGGACUGCCGUUUCACCUCAUGGCAUGCCUGACCGACCGUCCUUUCCCAGCUCAGGAAUCAAUCAUCCUAUUUCUCCUCUGUAUGCCUUCCAGAACUUUCUGGAACAAGCACACAACAAAAAUGUCAAUUCACAAUGUCCAGUACCAAAGAUUCAGUUUAACACACAGCUUUCUAAAAUGAAUCGAUGUUCAGAUGUUCAGACAGCGACUGCAACUAGUCAUCCAGCAAAUAAGGAGAAUGGUGAUAACCUGGGGCUGGAAUCGAAGUAUUUCAAGAAAAAAGAUGACAGCAUUCCUUUACGAGGCCUUAGUCAAAAUGCACUUAACUCAGAGUACCUGAAACCGUACUUACCAAAAAAAGCGCAACCGUCGCCAAAAGCUGCAGUAACGCCAGCCUCAGCUUAUUUUCCUGGAUAGUAGACAGGGUUCUUAAAGUAAGAGUCCUCUUUUAACCAUUUGGGGGGGUUUUGGAUGUCCUGUAAUACGGCGUAUUAGUGAAGUAUCCAUGUGAACUGACAUGAUUUUCUAAGUCUGAAUCUGUUUGCUUUGAGAAAGGUAUCUUGACUGACUUGCAUGACUCUUCAGGAUACUUGCGCCUGAAGAAAAGAUAAAGCUUUAAGCAGCCUCAGCCUGAGUGGGAACAAGGCCGUAGUUAAGCCACUGGGGCUGCGCAGAAUCUUCUCGUAGUAUAUUGGAGCCCUGUAGUCUUCCUAAAAACCCACUUAAUUCCUGUAACAAAAAAGUCAGUGCACUUGGCAAGUGUGGCUCUGUAACAGAUGAAAUGUAGACUCCCACAUUCCCUGGGAGAGAACACUUCUCUACGACUACUUUUCUUGACUCCUUUCAGAGAAAGGAUGAUGCAACUAGAAAGUGCUGGAGACCAGGGUGAUGCUGUCAAUUUUAAUAGUGGUCAAGCUCGUAAGUUAGCAUGACUGCCUCAUUAAUCCUCCCUUACAGUUUUAAUAUUAAAAACCUGCUUAAUUUUGGAACCAGCUUAUUUGACUUGCAUAUAGACUUACAAAUAUAUUUAAUAUUAAAGAUGCUAAAUUAUUUCACUGAAGAUAUAAAAUUAUAAUUUAAAACUCUUACUCUUGGCUACCCUAACUUUCCUAUUAAUCUGUCAGUAUCAUAUUCCGCAGGCUACCAUGCAAAAGACAUUAUAAGAUGAAGUAUCUGAACAGUUAACUAUUGAAAGUAUCACAACACCUGAAAGCUACUUUAUUUUUACUAAUCAUACUUUACAACUGUACAGAAAUGUAAGAUACUCCUAAUGUUCAAGUGGGCUGAGUCUGUUCAGCUUGUUCUACUACCUGGGCUCAAAUGCUAGAAUCACUAACAAAUUCAUUCUGUGCCACCUUUCAUUUGGUGGCAUGCAAGUAUUUGCAAUGUACAAAAUGUUACACUUUUUUUUUAAUGACUAUUUACAUACUUUUGUUGUUAAAGAUAUCUUUAAGUGCAGCCAGAGGAUUGUAUAUUUAAGGAAGCGGAUUGUUUUGCAGUGCAAAAUGUGUGUAUUUGUUUGUAAAUCAGCACCAUGUUAACCUAUGUUCACUUGUUUUGGCAUGUGUAAGUUUCAGUGGAAAAUAUUAAAUGGUUUUUAUCAAAAGCUCUGAUUAGUAAUGUUUGAAGACUACUAAACCAAUGUCUCCACUGUACUGAAAUGCUGAGAUGAGGUAAGUGCUGGAAGGGUACUGUUUUAUUCACCUUACCUUGUUCUGGAGCUUUCUUCCCAGCUUAUUCAUUUCCCCACGCAAGGCAGUGCUAUGGAACCAGCACUACGAUGCAUGUACAAUCCCCAGAUGGC